AUAUUAUUACUAAUACCUUUCAACAUUAUUAUUAAUAUCUGCAUAACUCUAACAAGGAUAAAAAACGACCCUCGUUUCCAUUUGACCAACUUAAUAUAGUAUUAUUUCAAAUUAAUUCCCUCACCAUCUUCCCUCUUUCCUUUCUUUAUCUUCUUCAUUAAUCAACAAAACUUUCCAUUAUAAAAACACUCCAAUUCCCAAAUCUCAAUACUCACAAAACUGAAAAAUCUCUCUUUUUCUCUCUAAAUCUCUCAAAAAUUAUCUCUAAUUUUUAGUUCAAUUAAGUAUGGCAGGAACAAGUAAUUAUCCUCCUCAAACUCCGGCGCCUAUGCCGGUACCAAAUCAGGUAGCAAUUAUAAAUCCACAGUUCUGUGCACCAUAUCCAGUUGAUUUGAACGUCGUAAGGAAACUUAUGACUUGGUCUGAAGGUGCUUUCGGAGUUACCGAUGUCAAUGGAAACAUUGUUUUUAAGGUUAAAGGCAAGUUCUUCAGCCUCCGUGAUCGCCGGAUUUUGCUUGAUGCUGCCGGAAACUCUCUCGUCACUUUUGAACAAAAGAUGUUGAGUGCCCAUAGGAGAUGGCAAGUAUACAGAGGAGAAAGCACAGACACAAAAGAUUUCCUUUUUAGUGUAAAAAAAUCUUCACUUCUUCAAUUCAAAACCAAAUUGGAUGUAUUCUUAGCACACAACACAUCAGAAGAGGUUUGUGAUUUCAGAAUUGAAGGCAGUUGGCUUGAAAGAUCAUGUGUUAUUUAUGCUGGAAAUUCGUCUACUAUAAUUGCUCAAAUGCACAGGAAACACACUGCUCAAAGUAUACUACUUGGGAAAGACAAUUUUGGUGUCACAGUAUACCCAAACGUGGAUUACGCGUUUGUUGUUGCUCUCAUUGUGAUUCUGGAGGAGAUUAAUGAGGAUCGUUCAGAUUAAGAUUGUUAUCGCGAGCAUUGCCAGUAGCUUGAUGUAUAUUUUGUUUGAACUGCGCUUUUUUGGCUUUAAUUUUAAGUGUAGUUGAUUGCCAGAUUUGGCUAAUGUUGUAUAAGUGUGUAACGUUGUUGUGUUUGCAAGCUUUUCAGGCAGUGCCAAUAAGUUAUUAUCAA